AUGUUGGGUCGUCAAGAAGAUAAAUUAUGUGGAAUUUUCUCUGCUCUGGCGGCUUUGUCCUUCGUAUGCUUUGUUCAAAGCUCCUCCACUGGAAGCACCGGAAUGUCUGUGGCCAAGACCACCGUGGACAAGUUGCUGAAGGGAUAUGACAUCCGUUUAAGGCCGGAUUUUGGAGGUCCUCCAGUCAUCGUAGGAAUGAGCAUCAACAUAGCGAGCAUCGACUCCAUCUCAGAAGUAAACAUGGACUACACCAUCACAAUGUAUUUCCAGCAGAGCUGGCGAGAUAAGCGUUUGGCCUAUGGUGAGCUGAACCUAAACCUGACUCUGGACAACCGUGUAGCAGACCAGCUUUGGCUCCCUGACACCUACUUCCUUAAUGACAAGAAGUCUUUUCUCCAUGGUGUGACAGUAAAAAACCGUAUGAUCCGACUGCACCCUGAUGGCACUGUCUUAUACGGGCUGAGAAUAACCACCACUGCUGCUUGCAUGAUGGAUUUGAGGAGGUACCCUCUUGAUGAACAGAACUGCACCCUGGAAAUUGAAAGCUAUGGAUAUACCACAGAUGACAUUGUGUUCUUCUGGCAAGGAGGAGACAAUGCUGUGACGGGUGUGGACAAGUUAGAGUUACCUCAGUUCUCCAUUGUGGACAUCCGCUUGGUGUCCAGGGAGGUCAGGUUUACUACAGGUUCAUAUCCAAGGCUUUCGCUGAGUUUCAGGAUUAAGAGGAACAUUGGGUAUUUCAUCCUGCAGACAUAUAUGCCCUCCAUCUUGAUCACCAUACUCUCCUGGGUCUCCUUCUGGAUCAAUUAUGAUGCCUCUGCAGCUCGGGUGGCCCUGGGUGUGACAACGGUGCUUACCAUGACAACAAUUAACACCCACCUUAGGGAGACUCUCCCAAAGAUUCCGUAUGUGAAAGCCAUCGACGUCUACCUCAUGGGCUGUUUUGUGUUUGUGUUCCUGGCCCUGCUUGAAUAUGCCUUUGUAAAUUACGUGUUCUUUGGCCGGGGCCCUGCGCAACAGAAGAAAAUCAAUGAGAGGCUGAACAAAGCCAACAACGAGCGCACAAGAUACGAAGAGAAGCGCCUGAGGGAACAGGACUCCAUUUCCGUGCCGUUUCAAACCAACACCUUCAGGUCAUUUACACAACGAAGAAAUCUGUAUCUCGAGGAACAAAGAAAAGUUGGGGUGGAUGCUUAUGGAAACAUCCUCCUCACCACACUGGAGAUGAACAACGAAGUGAUGCCUUCUGACGUGGGGAGCAGCGUCAGUGACUCUCGGAAUUCGGUCAUGUCGUUCGACAGCUCCGGGGUUCAAUUCAGGAAGCCCAUGGCGCCCCGAGAUGGCUUCAGCCACCACUCGCUGGAUCGGAGCGCCAUGCGGAGCCGGGCCAACUGUCGGCUACGACGACGCUCCUCCAAGCUCAAGUUGAAAAUCCCAAACCUGUCAGAUGUUAGCACGAUUGACAAGUGGUCCCGGGUCAUUUUCCCUAUCACCUUUGGAUUUUUCAACCUAAUCUACUGGUUGUACUAUGUGAAUUGA